GUGUUGAUGUUAAUGCAGAGGAUCAUUCAGUGGAGAAGUUUAGCUGUCACUGAUUGAGGAGUGGGUCUUUUUGGAGUGUUUGGAAUAAACUUAGAAAUGAUAAUGCUAUGAACAUUCGUAGGUUAGAAUAUGUUUAUAGCCUUCUGAGGACUGGAAUCACUCACUGGAAUUUGAAGAGAAAUUAUGCUUUCCAACCUGAGUUUUUCUUUUCAUAGCAUCUGUGUAGUCUUACAUUCCAUGGAUCAUCUCUAGUUGCUUUACUUCUUUUAGCUUUUUUAUUGAAAAAAAUUUUAUACAAUGUGUUCUGAUCAUGGUUUCUGUAAGUAUUACAGUUCAGAUGGAAAGGUGUCCUGGCAGUUGGGAGCCUGGGAAUACCACAAAGUCACACAACACAACAUACCUCACACAAGUGAUUUAUUGGGAGGGAAAAAACCAGGAGGGUGGCUGCCUCUGCUCAGGUGAGAAACAUCAGGGAACUGAACAGAAGGCAGGGUUUAUAUAGAGUUUCUUGGGGUGGGGACUGGUGGGAUUUUUGAAUCCAGAGCUUGGGCUUCUUACUCUGUAAGACAAGGGCUGAGUCCAGCCCUUAGGGCAGUUGGAAUGUUCUGUGGGUGGAACCUGACAGUUAGAAGUCCUUGGGGAAGGGGCCUGACCACACAGGUGCCUUGAUAGGCUUACAGUUUCCCAUUCUCCAGUUCCUUUCAGAUCCUCCACAUCUCUCCACCCACAUAGCUGCAUUUCCCUUCUCUCUUGAGAAAAUAAACCAUAAUUUAUGUACAAAUUGAAAAAAGCCACAAGAAAUAUGUGUGUAUAUUCACACACAGAGAUACACACACAUAGAUGUACACUCACCCCCACACACAUAAACCAGAAAACCACAAAUUCAGAAAUUAUAGUAUACAAGCAAAAGACAAGACCAAAAAAAAAAAUGCCCAAAUGAAGCUCUCUCUACAAACAACAAUUCUCCCCACAAGAUCCCUGGUGGAGGGACACCUACUGUUUUACUAUUGUUUCCUGAUGUAAAUAAAUGUUCAAGUCUUUCCUUUCCUCAUCUAGUAUUUGGCAAAAAAGAAAAAGAAAAAAUGAAACAAAGAAAAUUCUUUUUUUUUUUUUUGAAAAUUCUUACCUGAACUAAAAUCAGAAUUUUUUUCCCACUUGUUUUCACAUUUGGAUAUAAGAUGAUUUACCACACACACAUAUAUGCAUUUCUUCAAGUGCCUCCCACUUUUUCUGUUCCCUGGGGCUCCUACCAUAGGCUCUCCAGAUCACUGAGCACACAAUGCUUGAAUGAGCACAGCAUUGUUAGGUAACAGCUUCUCUUCCUUUACUUAUCAGAGGUUGUAAACCUCUUGCCACACUCUGCUCUCCUCAUGACCUGGUGUGAACUUUGAGGUCUUAGUCUUGUCUGCCUCCCAGUGGACCACAUUUGCUUUGGUCCAUGGCCCCCUUCCUCCGGGCAUCUACCUGGACUCAAGUCCUCCUGGGAGGUUCUCUCUGGCUGUCUGUGCUCUGGGUACUGUUGUGCCCUGUCUGUUGCUCCCAGGGCCCACCCAAAUGGCGCUUCACUACCUCUGAAGUUGUGAUCCCCAGGAAGGUUCCCCAAAGAAUGGGUGGAAGUGAUAGGCCAGACCAGCUCGCCUAUAGCAUGCGCUUCAGAGGACAAAGACACGUGGUCCACAUGAAACUCAAGAAGAACAUGAUUCCUGAAAAUCUUCCUGUGUACACUACUAACGAUCAAGGAGCAGAGCAGGAGGACUACCCAUUUGUCCCUCGAGACUGUUACUUCUACAGCUACCUGGAAGGGGUCCCUGGGUCCCUCGCGACACUAGAUACCUGCAAUGGAGGUCUGAAUGGCAUGCUACAGGUGGAUGACUUCACCUAUGAAAUCAAACCAUUGGCAUCUUCUUCCAAAUUUGAGCAUGUUGUUUCUCGGCUUGUGGUAGAAGAAGGGUUUCGUAAGUCUAAAAAGUGUACCAAUGAAGAGAAUGUGGUGGAGGCAGAUGAAUUCCUUGAAGAGAUGCAGCUUGCUGGAAGUCCCAGAGCAGCUCCAGUGUAUUUGUGGCGUGUGCAUACGAAAUUAGUAAGAAUGUACUACACGAUAACUAUUGAAGUAACCAGAAAUAUCCGCAACUACACUGCCUCACUUGAGUUUAUAUUGAUUAUGAACAACAUAGCAGACAGCAUUUAUAAAGAAGCUGGCUUGCGUGUCUAUCCCUAUGUCAUAGAGAUUUGGGAAACUCAUAAUGGACUGGAUAUAAACCAGUGGCAAAACGAUCCUCAACAAAUUAUGUCAAACUUCGGCACUUACAAAAAGAAUGCAUACGCAAAUAAGGAUAUGAGGACCACCACUCAUGCUCUUUUAGCAGGAUUGCAAUAUGGAGGUGUAGAUUAUGCAGCCAUGCAGAAUCAAGCAUGCUCAAAAUUUAAAGGAAUAGUAUAUGUACAUAUUAUAAACAUGCAUAAAUUUCUGGGUACAGCUCUUUUGUGUCACGCACUAGGUCACAGUCUGGGUUUACACCAUGAUAAACCGGGCUGUGUUUGUUUCAGAAGAAGCAGUUGUGUCAUGAAUGAAUUUCCUGCUCUUAUGGAUAUGAUGAGCAAUUGUUCCCAGGCUGACCUACAUACUAUAGUAACUAAAGUCGACAAUUGCCUGACUUUCCCUCGUUCUCAAUUUUAUAGAGAAGUAUAUGAUGUUCCUCGCUGUGGAGAUAACAAGGUGAAUGCCAAUGAGCAAUGUGACUGUGGUCCCUUGAAAGAGUGUAUCAAUAAUAGCUGUUGUGCAACCAAUUGUCGCUUUACUUCGGGAAGUAGUUGUGAUGUAGGACGUUGCUGUCAGCAAUGUUCAUUUGCACCUGCUGGAACUGUGUGCAGAGACAAACUUGGUAUUUGUGAUCUGCCAGAAUACUGUGAUGGAAACUCACAGAAUUGCCCCAAAAAUUUUUACAUCCAAGAUGGAACUCCCUGCUCACCACUAGCAGUUUGCAUUUCAGGAAAUUGCAGUGACCGUGAUUUGCAGUGUCAAGCUCUUUUUGGAUACCAAGUAAAGGAUGCAAAACCAGCAUGCUAUAAACAGUUAAAUAUGAAAGGUGACCGAUUUGGAAACUGUGGGUUGAAGUUGUUUCGAACAGGAACCAGAUUUAAGGCAUGUCAAGAUGAUGAUAUUUUUUGUGGACUGCUACAUUGUGAUGGUGUCAUUCGUGUACCUGGUGGAGGUGAGCACACUACAUUUCAUCACAUAAGGAUACAAGAUAUUCAAGAAGAACACUGCUUUGGGUAUGAUGUACACCAUGGGACAGGUAUUCCAAGUAUGGGGCUUGUAGUGGAUGGUGCAACCUGUGGCCCAGGGAAAUACUGUAGAAAGCAAUCUUGUGUUUUUCAUCAAAACUUGAAUUUUACAUGCGACGUCGCUGCCUGUAAUCACAGAGGGGUGUGUAACAACAGAGGCCAUUGUCACUGUGUGCAUGGUUGGCAACCACCAAACUGUGAAGAAGAAGGUUCAGGUGGUAGUGCAGACAGUGGCCCUGUACCUACCUCUGAGGAAAUGCUUCAAGCCAAAAUUCGUGUGAAUAUAAACAAGAUACUAGUUGUCUUGUGUACUCGUAUGAUUCUUGUUUUGGCUUCACUUUUUUUUGGUGGAAUUUCAAAAGUAGUAAUUGUUCUGGACAGCAGACGGAGAGCUUAUCAGGCAUGAUCAUUGAUUUCAUCCCAUACUAACUGGAGCCACACAAUGAACAAAAUCCUUGUCAAAUACUACAAGAAAUUGUUAAUGACUUCCCCUGACAGCCAUGUAACCAUUCACAAAUCUGAGGUUUUCAUCUUGAAAUAAAAUUACUGGGGAAUUAUAGUUGUGCCUCUAUGUUUAA